AUGGGCGGCAGCAUGAAACAGACGUUCGCUGUCGACACGGAUGCAGGGUGCGCGAGAACGCAUCCCUGGCUGGGUCAAAAUCUCACCAAUCAGGAGGUGAACAGUAGCAACACCCUGGUACUGACUUGCGUGGCACACGGGGUCCCUCAGCCCAACAUCACAUGGUACAAGAACAGCGUGAUACUGGAGGAAGGCCCAGGAAUCAACGUGUGGCAGGACGGCGCUCUGAUCAUUGAAAGGGUGAAGAAAGACGACGAGGGUCUGUACGAGUGCGUGGCCACCAACACCGAGGGCCUCGUCAAAACCAGCGCCUUCGUCACCGUGCUUGGGGAGGAAGGAAAGCCCAAUGUGGAGGUCAUCAUUCUGGUGUGCACCGGUGCUGCCGCCACCUUCCUCUGGCUCAUGCUCAUCCUCUUCAUCCGCAAGCUGAGGAAGCAACCAGCACACUAUAAAAUGGGUCCGUCUAUCAUCAUCGACCCUGAUGAGUGUCCACUUGACGAGCAGAACGACCUCCUUCAGUAUGACAGCAGCAAGUGGGAGUUUCCCCGGGACCGCCUGCGACUAGGCAAAACUCUUGGCCACGGUGCUUUUGGGAAAGUGGUGGAGGCUUCUGCCUUUGGGAUUGACAAACUCUCCACCUGCAAGACUGUCGCCGUCAAGAUGCUGAAAGGUGGCGCCACGUCCAACGAGCGCAAAGCCCUGAUGUCAGAGUUAAAGAUCCUGAUCCACAUUGGCCACCACCUCAAUGUGGUCAACCUGCUGGGAGCUUGCACCAAGCCUGGAGGGCCGUUGAUGAUGAUCGUGGAGUUCUGCAAAUACGGCAACCUGUCCAACUACCUGAGAGGCAAGAGGGAGGACUUUGUCGUCUACAAGAGCCAGGACGGCAAGGGGGUGUCGCCGGACACGGGCUGCGAGCUGAGCGAGCUGAUGAAGCGCCGCCUGGAGAGCGUGGCCAGCACGGGAAGCUCGGCCAGCUCGGGUUUUAUCGAGGACAAGAGCUACUGCGACUCGGAGGAAGAGGAAGAAGAGUCCGAGGAUUUGUACAAGCGAGUCCUGACGUUGGAAGAUUUAAUCUGCUACAGUUUCCAGGUGGCAAAAGGCAUGGAGUUCUUGGCCUCUCGCAAGUGCAUUCAUCGGGAUUUGGCCGCACGAAACAUCCUUCUCUCUGAGAAUAAUGUGGUGAAAAUUUGUGAUUUUGGACUGGCCAGAGACAUCUACAAGGACCCUGAUUAUGUGCGCAAGGGAGAUGCCCGGCUGCCGCUCAAGUGGAUGGCUCCCGAGGCCAUUUUUGACAAGGUGUACACCACUCAGAGCGACGUGUGGUCCUUCGGCGUGCUCAUGUGGGAGAUCUUCUCUUUGGGUGCAUCGCCGUACCCUGGUGUCCAAAUUGACGAGGAAUUUUGCUGCAGACUGAAAGAGGGCACCAGGAUGAGAGCUCCAGAAUACUCGUCCUCUGAAAUAUAUCAGACCAUGUUGGACUGCUGGCAGGGGGAACCACAGGAGAGGCCCACCUUCACCGAGCUGGUUGAAAGACUGGGAGACCUGCUCCAGGCCAGCGUGCAACAGGAGGGGAAACACUACAUACCCAUCAACACCGCCCUGCUGGCCAAGGUGGGAGACCUCUCUGCCAGCCAGCUGCCGGAGGAGACCUCCACCCGGCCCGUCUCGCUGCGCCACUCCGGGGGAACAUGGAACAUCAAGAUCCGUCCGGCGAGUGUGAAGACCUUCGACGAGGUCACAAUGGAGAGCGGGACAACUGAGGGUCAUGAGGGCGGACAGUCCGACAGCGGGAUGGGCCUCUCGUCUGACAACAUGAAUACUCUGAAGAGACUCGAGUCGCUGGCUGGCCGACCUCUGAGCAUCAUGGCUCUGGCCAUGAAGGCCGUGAGCAAGAGCAAAGAGUCAGUGCUGACCGACUCGGACAAGGACAAGUUCGCGCCAAACAUCUCCCCUCUGGACUUCAGUCUGGACGACUCGGCGUUGGACGCCGACCUGGAGUGCCACAGCCCGCCGCCUGACUACAACUAUGUGGUGCGCUACUCCACGCCGCCUGUGUAACCCAGGGCUUUCGUCUUUGGGCUUUGGUCACAAUCCGCUUUUGUGGACACCUUUUUAUGCGCCGCCCUGGGAGACGAGGAGAGGCUGGUUUUGGUGUGAAAGGACCGACGAGUCAACUGUGCCACGAACUCUGCAGGCGUUUCCGGGCACAGGUGUUCCGCGGGUGAUGACAGGCUCAGGUAUUUCAGUCAGCUUUUCUAGCGUCUACUGUGAAUUGACUCCAUUCCACAUCCAUUCCCAGCGUUUCAUCAAUUAGAAACUGGGGUAUUUUUGGAAGCAUCAACGCGUUGAUCACACUUCAAGAGUUCUUACCAAAUAAUGGAUGUUUUAGAUUUAUUGUCCAAUCAGGCGUGGUCCAAACGCAUACUUAAAAAUCAUCUGAUUUGUCAUUUUGUAAGCAGUAACAUGACAUUGUUUUCUCCUUGUACAGUCCUGGUCAAAAGAACAUCAUGUCAUGGCUGUCAUUUCUACAACUCUUAUUAUUUUGUGAUAGACUGAUUGGAGCACACACACUGUGGGGCGGCAUAGCUCGGUUGGUAGAGUGGCCGUGCCAGCAACUUGAGGGUUCCAGGUUCGAUCCCCACUUCCGCCAUCCUAGUCACUGCCGUUGUGUCCUUGGGCAAGACACUUGACCCACCUGCUCUCAGUGCCACCCACACUGCUUGAAAUGUAACUUAGAUCAAUCAAUCAAUCAAUCAAAGUUUAUUUAUAUAGCCCUAAAUCACGAGUGUCUCAAAGGGCUGCACAAGCCACACAGGGCAAGGAAAAACUCAACCCAAUGGGACAAUGAGAAACCUUGGAGGGGACCGGGCGACCGGUGCAAUGGACGUCGAGUGGAUCUAGCAUAAUAUUGUGAGAGUUCAGUCCUUAGUGGAUCUAACAUAAUAGUGUGAGAGUCCAGUCCAUAGUGGAUCUCGAAUAAUAUUGUGAGAGUCCAGUCCAUAGUGGAUCUAACAUAAUAGUGUGAGAGUCCAGUCCAUAGUGGAUCUCGAAUAAUAGUGUGAGAGUCCAGUCCAUAGUGGAUCUAACAUAAUAGUGAGAGUCCAGUCCAUAGUGGAUCUAACAUAAUAGUGAGAGUCCAGUCCAUAGUGGAUCUAACAUAAUAGUGUGAGAGUCCAGUCCAUAGUGGAUCUUGAAUAAUAUUGUGAGAGUCCAGUCCAUAGUGGAUCUCGAAUAAUAUUGUGAGAGUCCGGUCCAUAGUGGAUCUAACAUAAUAGUGUGAGAGUCCAGUCCAUAGUCGAUCUAACAUAAUAGUGUGAGAGUCCAGUCCAUAGUGGAUCUAACAUAAUAUUGUGAGAGUCCAGUCCAUAGUGGAUCUAACAUAAUAGUGAGAGUCCAGUCCAUAGUGGAUCUAACAUAAUAGUGAGAGUCCAGUCCAUAGUGGAUCUAACAUAAUAGUGAGAGUCCAGUCCAUAGUGGAUCCAACAUAAUAGUGAGAGUCCAGUCCAUAGUGGAUCUAACAUAAUAGUGAGAGUCCAGUCCAUAGUGGAUCUAACAUAAUAGUGUGAGAGUCCAGUCCAUAGUGGAUCUUGAAUAAUAUUGUGAGAGUCCAGUCCAUAGUGGAUCUCGAAUAAUAUUGUGAGAGUCCGGUCCAUAGUGGAUCUAACAUAAUAGUGUGAGAGUCCAGUCCAUAGUCGAUCUAACAUAAUAGUGUGAGAGUCCAGUCCAUAGUGGAUCUAACAUAAUAUUGUGAGAGUCCAGUCCAUAGUGGAUCUAACAUAAUAGUGAGAGUCCAGUCCAUAGUGGAUCUAACAUAAUAGUGAGAGUCCAGUCCAUAGUGGAUCUAACAUAAUAGUGAGAGUCCAGUCCAUAGUGGAUCCAACAUAAUAGUGAGAGUCCAGUCCAUAGUGGAUCUAACAUAAUAGUGAGAGUCCAGUCCAUAGUGGAUCUAACAUAAUAGUGAGAGUCCAGUCCAUAGUGGGGCCAGCAGGAGAUCAUCUUGAGUGGAGACGGGUCAGCAGCACAGAGAUGUCCCCAACCGAUGCACAGACGAGCGGUCCACCCCGGGUCCCGACUUUGGACAGCCAGCGCUUCAUCCGUGGCCACUGAACCUGAGCCCCAAUAGAAAACGCUCUAUAGCCCGCAUACUUUUUUUGGGCUCUGGGAAUCACUAAUAAGUUGGAGUUCUUUGAACGCAGAUUUCUUGGUAUAUAGAUAUUGGGUUUCACUAUGUAAAAGCGCUUUGAGUGACUAGAGAAAAAGCGCUAUGUAAAUAUAAAUUCACUUCACAAUUCACUUCACUUGUUGGUCACAAAAAACAUUCAUGAAGUUUGCUUCUUUUAUGAAUUUAUUAUGGGUCUACUGAAAAUGUGAGCAAAUGUGCUGGGUCAAAAGUAUACAUACAGCAAUGUUAAUAUUUGCUUACAUGUCCCUUGGCAAGUUUCACUGCAAUAAGGCACUUUUGGUAGCCAUCCACAAGCUUCUGCUUGACUUUUUGACCACUCCUCUUGACAAAAUUGUUGCAGUUCAGCUGAAUGUGUUGGUUUUUCUGACAUGGACUUGUUUCUUCAGCAUUGUCCACACGUUUAAGUCAGGACUUUGGGAAGGCCAUUCUAAAACCUUCAUUCCAGCCUGAUUUAGUCAUUCCUUUACCACUUUUGACGUGUGUUUGAUGGUCAUUGUCCUGUUGGAGCACCCAACUGCGCCCAAGACCCAACCUCCGGGCUGAUGAUUUUAGCUUGUCCUGAAGAAUUUGGAAGUAAUCCUCCUUUUUCCAUUGUCCCAUUUACUCUCUGUAAAGCACCAGUUCCAUUGGCAGCAAAACAGGCCCAGAGCAUAAUACUACCACCACCAUGCUUGACGGUGGGAAUGGUGUUCCUGGGAUUAAAGGCCUUACCUUUUCUCCUCCAAACAUAUUGCCAGGCAUUGUAGCCAAACAGCUCCAUUUUUGUUUCAUCUGACAUCACAUGGACAAAGAGAUGACCUUCUGGGGGAAAGUUCUGUAGAUGGCUACCAAAAGGGCCUUAUUGCAGUGAAACAUGUAAUCAAAUCAAAUCAAAUCAACUUUAUUUAUAAAGCACAUUUAAAAUUGACCACAGGGGUAGCCAAAGUGCUGUACAAUGGACAGGUUAAAAGAUCAUACGAGUACCGAGCAAACACAACACAACACAAACAAAACACGAUAAAAAAAAUAAAUAAAUAAAAUAGAAUAAAUAAAAACAUAAAAACAGGUUGACAGCAGGUGUAUUAUGGGGCGCCAUUGCAGGAUGGAUAUCACUCAGUGUUAAAAGCCAUGGAAUAAAAGUAUGUUUUUAAGAGAGAUUUAAAAACAGGAAGAGAGGAGGCUUGUCUAACACUCAGAGGUAGGUCAUUCCAGCUUGUGGAUGGCUACCAAAAGUGUCUUAUUGCAGUGAAACUUGCCAAGGGACAUGUAAGCAAAUAUUAACAUUGCUGUAUGUAUACUUUUGACAUAAUACAUUCAUAAAAGAAGCAAACUUCAUGAAUGUUUUUUGUGAGCAACAAGUAUGUGCUCCAAUCACUACAUCACAAAAAAUAAGAGUUGUAGAAAUGAUUGUAAACUGAAGACAGCCAUGACAUGAUGUUCUUUACAAGUCUAUGUCAACUUUUGACCACGACUGUAUUACAACUUUUUUGCCGUUUUUAUUUUUGUAUUCUUUAUUGUUUGAUUGUAUUUUUAUAAAUAAGCGGCGGGCCAAUGAAAAAUGCUUUAAACUGAAGGAAGCCUUUUUGACUAGUAAUUUCUUGUUGCACAAUUAGGAUGUUUUGUCCCCCAAACGCACUAGUAAACAUGAAGUAUGUAUUUAUUUUUUGUAAACACUGUGUGGCGUGAUGUUUAACCAAAGGUUACCGUCCCAUCCUGUCACUUCACUGCCAGAUGUUUAUGCUGCUGCGGUCGCCGACAGGAAGUUUUUCCGGCAGGUCCCCCCCCCCCAAGGCAUGCAGGGCAGGCUACACACGUGCGUGUAAAGUCCGCUCUUGCAUUUUGUAAAAUCCUCUUAUUUUGACAGCAUUUUAUUUUGGAAGGGAGGAAUUAUGUGGGUCAAGCAAUCAAACACUUCUCCUUUCAUGACCACGAAGGAGUAGAGCGAGCCAUUGUGGAACAUUUUAUGCACUGAUACUUUAUAUAAAUAUAUGUUUUUGUAUUCUAAUUGUAUGAUAUAUUUUUAUCAAAUAGGGUUGAGGUUCACAUGUCUUCACAACAUUAACACCUAACUGCUUCACUAGCCUAACAUUUACAGUAUUUUUAUGCCCAUGUUGUAUUAUGUUGUAAAGUCCAAGCUUCAUGUAAGCAUGUUCCAAAUGAAGAUGACAAGUAUGAAUGCAGCUAAUCUGGAUUUUUUUUUUUUAUUUAACAUACAGCAUGUAAUAACCUGCA